GUUUUUCUGUGUUGAUAUAAUUUUGCAUAUGUUUCAAAGUAAUCGAUGCACACAGUCUUUGAAUAUAAUUAUUCUUUGAGUAAGUAAGGAAACAAGAUUUAUUAUACAAAUUACUCACGUUUGUUUUUGCUUGGUAAAGUCCGUGUGUAAAGUUGCACAAUUAGCUCUUUAUAGGUUGGAAGACAAUCUUUUUUAACAUAGGAAGGUAUGCAAGUGAUGACUUGAACCUUCGAGAUGCUGCAUCUUAAUGGCGAUUUAAUAUUCCAAAAAGGACUACAAGCGCAUCAGAACUAUGGCAGUUUCCUCAGGUGCUAAAUAAAAAGGUUUGAGGAAAAAUGCCUUCUAGAAAAGGGUCAAUUUCAUAGACUUUCAAUGAUAUCUUGGCCAGGAGAUAGUCAUGUCUUUUUUAACCGUAUAUAACGAAGAUUAUAUUGGCCAUAAAGGGACGCCUCGAAAACCUAUAAGACCAGAAAGAAAUUAUGUAGAUUUCGGAGAAAAACCUAUAGAAGUCAAGAGAUCACGAUCUGGAGAGAGAAAAUUACUAGAAGAUAAUCAACGUGAACGUAUGCGUACAGUUUAUAACGUAUCGUAUUGCCAGGAAAAAGUAGAAGAUGCCUUAAAACCUGUAAAAGUAGACGAUGAAUUCCUUUUACAUUUACGACACACAUAUAUUAAAACUGAUAUCAAACAAAUGCCAGUUCCUCUGACAUCCAGAAGGAUUUUUGGAUAUAUGAGAAAAGAUAUUGUUUACAUGCCUUUGACCACAUAUCAGGAUGAAGUCGGCGAACCUGGUUAUAAAUGGUUGGAGAAAACAAGGGGAAAACGUGGACCGACUUCGUUAUAAUAAAGGACAAUGUAUGUCGAUAAAACAUCGAAAGCUGGCAUACCGCCUGCUUUCAUUACAACAAAAUCCAGAGCUAGAUCACCGAUGAGAAAUAACACAUCAAUAGCAGUAACAAUAGAAUUACCUACUAGCGAAAUUCCUAAAGAAAAAACUAAAGUAAAAAAAGUCAUUAUACCCGAACCGGCAUGGACUGUUACACCAAAUUCAGAUGCAUCAAAGUUAAUACAACACUACCUCAUGUUGUCAAAAAUAAGACUGACAUCUCUAGUUGUUAUAACAUCUAUGGCAGGAUAUGCAAUGGCACCCGCACCCUUUGAACUUACAACAUUUUUAUUGUGUUCACUGGGUACAGGUUUAGUAUCAGGCGCUGCCAAUUCUAUAAACCAGUUUUUUGAAGUUCCAUUUGAUUCACAAAUGUCUAGAACUAAGAACAGAGUUUUAGUCAGGGGUAUUUUAAGUCCAUUACAUGCUGUAGGUUUUGCUACGGUUGCUGCAUCUACGGGUAUAGGUAUGUUAUAUUUUGGUGUAAAUGGUUUAACAGCAGGAUUAGGAGCAGCUAAUUUAAUAUUAUAUACAUCUGUAUAUACUCCAAUGAAAAGAAUAAGUAUUCUAAAUACUUGGGUUGGAUCAAUUGUCGGAGCAAUCCCACCCCUAAUGGGUUGGGCUGCUUGUUCCGGUAAUUUAAGUGCAGGAGCAUUUAUCUUAGGAGGCCUUUUAUAUACGUGGCAAUUUCCACAUUUUAAUGCGUUAUCUUGGAAUUUAAGACCGGAUUACAGCAGAGCCGGAUAUAGAAUGAUGGCAGUUACUGAUCCUGCAUUAUGUAGAAGAGUUGCUUUAAGACAUACCUGUUUUUUAGCAGCCUUGUCAUUAUCAGCUCCUUUUCUAGAUGUUACUAAUUAUUGGUUUGCUGCUGAAAUGUUACCAUUGAACGGAUACUUUAUGUACUUAGCUUGGAAAUUUUAUAAAGAAUCGGACAGUAAAAGUUCUAGAAAACUAUUUAGAUUUUCACUAAUUCAUUUACCUGCAUUGAUGUUAUUAUUUUUAUUAAAUAAAAAGGAAUGGUUUUUUACGAAAGACUCAACAUUGGAAACACCUUUGGAUAUCGAUGAACACAAUAAAACUCAAACAAUAAGCAAUAAACCUGCAAAACAAACAGUUGUUGUACCUUCAGCUAUUUUAGAUAAAAUGUAAAUAAUAUAUACAAAAAUGUUUUAGUAAAAAAUAGAACAAUUAAAGAUAUUAUG